GCGACGACCAGGGCAAAUGGCACGCUUCUUCACCGCCGACUGGCUGGAGCUCUCGGACGAUGAGCAAGAGGAGACUGAGCCCGAGCACCAGCGUCGUGGCGUCAUGCAACAUGAGGGCCGGCGCCCGCCCGGCGAGGUGCAGAGCUUGCGUGGGCCUGCGCCAAGCGCCCGGAAGAAGAUGCGUCGCGUGCCGCCGGCGCCGACGGACCGGAGUAUGCGCAAAGACGGGCCGGCUCCCGCGGCGGGGCCGCUGCGGCCACAGCGUCUAGAAAGAGAGCGCACGGACGAGGAAUAUGCUGCAUAUCGUGCGCACAUCAAUGCAAAGACUGCGAACACAAAGAGACUGAACGAGAUCAAGAAACGUGAAAACCGUAGCCUCUGGGCCGCGCCGCUCGAGGAGCGCCCAGCGUUGCGCGAGUACCAGCGCACGUGGCCCUCGGUCGGCACCUACAUCUGCGAUUUGUUCCCCAACUCAAAGUGGGUCGACCCCGCCUCGGACGAGCACACGUGCAGCAUCUGCUUUGAUUCCUACGAGCCAAACGACGUCGUCGUGCGCUUGCCGUGCGCGCACGUUUUCCAUCGCCACUGCCUUCAAGGCUGGCUUCUCAACAAGGACAAAUGCCCGAUCUGCAUUCGCCCGGUCCUCACUUACGAUUAGUCGAGGACAAUAG